UGUGCAGAGAAGUAUAUUUGAAAUAUACUAUAUGUAUAAUAUCAAUACGUCACCAGAAUCAGCUGUUCCAUGAUGACAGUCAACUGUUGGAUCGCAACGAAAUGGGUUUUCCUCGUUGGCUGAAAAAAAUAUGAAUUAGUGCAACUUGUACAUAUUAAAUAAGUGUUGGAAUUUGAAAAUAAGACAAUUAUGGCUACGAGAAAUUUAACAGAACCUUUUAUUUUAAUGAGAAAUAAUGCUCUCCAGAGCAAACAUAUUUAUGCCGAGCAGAAUUUAUCGGAUAGGACAGCCUUAGUUAAUUUAGAUUCUAUACAUGCGGAUAAUGUUGAAUUAACGAAUAUUAAUUUGAGCGAUUCGACUCCACCGGUUUGGACAGAUGCACUAGAAGAAACACAAUAUAUUCUUAGUAGAUUAAGAAUUAAGAUAGAUAGUUUAAUUGAAUUGCAUGCUAAACAAUUAACUAGACCAACUCUAGAUGACACGUCACAGGAAGAAAGGCAGAUGGAAAAGUUAUCUCGUGAGAUAGGACGUGCAUUUGCCAAUGGCUAUCGUCAAGUACAAACAAUAAGAGCUGCGGCAAAACAAGAAACAAAAUCUGCACAAAAACAUCUCGCUGUAAAUGCAGUAAUGGCACUUUCUUCUGCCUUGCAAGAAUUAGGAAUACGUUAUAGAUCUGCUCAAAAUCAUUAUUUAACGCAAAUUAAAUCUAGAGAAGAAAGGAGUAAUCAAUUUUUUAGCGAAGAUAUGGCAUCUGCUUCCUGGUUAAUGGAGUCUAAUGAUUCUAAAACUGAUUAUUGGGAAGAAGAUGAACAACGACAAGAAUCUGUUCUUUUACAUUUAGAAGAUCCAGAGGAAAGGUUAAAAAUGGCUGUAGAAAGAGAACAACAAAUUGGAAAUAUAGUUCAAAGUAUUUCAGAUCUAAAAUAUAUAUUUAAGGAUCUGGCAAGUAUGGUACAGGACCAAGGUACUGUUUUAGAUCGGAUUGAUUACAAUAUUGAACAGACACAAGUACAAGUAUCCGAAGGUUACAAACAAUUAAAAAAGGCUGAUUCCUAUCAAAAAGCUAAUAGAAAACUUUAUUGUAUAGUUAUUUUGGCAUCCGCUAUUAUUUUACUUCUUUUUCUAUUUGUUAUAUUUAAAACAUAAAUUCUACAGUGUUCACGCACACAUAUAGAAUUUCAUUAGUAUUUAAUAACCUCAUUGUUAUUUAUUAAAAUGUUUUCCAAUUUAAGUGCUUAUAUGUAAAAAAAAAAAAAAA